UUUUUUGGAGACCAGAACACUUUCUGUCAGUAUCGACACCGUAAUCUCCCUCGAGCGUGUCCACUGGAGCAGUACAUGGGGCGACAAUAGAUUGUGACUUGCUGUUCGUAGGAAAUGUACAGCAGUAGGGGUUCUACGGCGCCAAUCGCCCCAGUCCAGCCCAAAAUUCUCGGUGAAAUUCUGCUACCCGAUUCAAAAGACUACAAAUUGUACUGCUGGAAAGUACGGAAUGGGUCUUCCGUACGAAAAGGAGAGACAGUGGCACUCGCAAUCCACAGAGACGGCAGCAACGGCUUGGGCUCGUCUGAAGCGGGCGCAGUAUCAUCGUCUUUGCCAACAUCCCAAACCCCAUCUACUGCUACACAGCCAGCCUCCUCCAACAGAUCGCAAUAUAAGCGACCGACGAAACGAAGAAAACACGUUGUACAAUCACCUGAUGGCGAUGCCGAAACCAUAAUGGACGAGAAGCCUGCAGCGGAUACAAAAAAGGCUUCGAAUGCCACCGCCAACAACGUUGCUCCUGCCACACCGUUGACGCCUGCCCCUACUUCCGACUCAAUUUCGGCGUCCGAGAAGAUACCGAUUCUGGCGACAGCGGAUGGUUUGGUUCGCAUGGGAAGAUUAGAGGGAAUUCAUCAGCAACAUGAUGUUCUUAUCGGUUUCAUCGAGGAGUGUACCCAUCCAACCGUUAUAGACGGUCUUUGUGCCGUGUGUGGCAAGUCUGUAGACAAAACAAAGACACCGGGCGAAGCAUCGCACUCGGAGCAAUCGCCUCAGUCAGACAUGUCACGGGUCACCGUUUCGGGACAUACCGUCACUGUGUCGCGCGCGGAAGGUCAACGAAUGGCACAACAAGAUGCGGAGCGGCUACAAAAGCGAAAGAAGCUGUCGCUCGUUCUCGAUCUCGAUCAUACUCUGGUACACGCUACAAACGAUACUCGUGCCCAACAAUUUUGCAAAUCUCGGGACGAUGUGCGAACUCUUAUUCUACCAAUGUUACGUCCCAAUGGGGAACCGCGGCAGCCGCAACAUCCCGAAUGGACGCAACAUUUUGUCAAGAUGAGACCGCACGUGGAAGUAUUCUUGAACGAAGCCCAGGACCAAUACGAAAUUGGUGUAUAUACUGCCGGAACAAGAGACUACGCCGAACAAAUUUGCAUUUUGCUGUGCCGGCACUUACUGGGGGUUUCGCGGGACCAGCCAGAAAUGGAUAUGUUGCGAUACCGGAUUGUUAAAAUGGAACAGGCACUUUUCCAGUCGACAUCAUGCGCGGACCCAGAGGAGCACGAACCUACUCGCGCAUCCGAAUCUCUUGAAGCACCACUACCAAGUGUGGAUCGUUCGCACGAGAAUGGUGGGACGAAUACGCUAUCCGACGAGGCAAAACACGGCGUGGACCCAGAGGAGUACGACCGUGCACAGGCAUCCGAGCCCCUUGAAGCACCAUUAUCAAGUGUGGAUCUUUCGCACAAUAAUGGUUUGACGAAUACGACGUUACCCGACGAGGCAGAACACGCUGGAUCUAAACGCAAACGAGUAACGUUUGGGGCUAGUCCAGAUGAAGCCAAAUCAGAUGGCCCAUCGGCAAUGAAUCUUGAAAAGCUCAAGACAGAGCUACGAGAAGCGCAAGCCCUGGAGGACAAGGUACUGGAACUGCGGCAGCGUUUGUUUGGGAGCCGAAUAGUGUCUCGAACCGACGUUAGAGACUUGGGUCAGAAUGUAAAAAGUUUGAAACGAAUAUUUCCUUGCGGUGGAAUCAUGGCGGUGGUAAUGGAUGAUCGGGAAGAUGUAUGGGCCAAUGCAGCAGACAUUUUGACCGUUCGAAAGGGCGAACCACCCGACAAUCUUUUGCUUGUACGACCUUAUCAUUGGAGUUCCUUUUUGGGGUUUGCGGACGUGAACAAUGCUUCCGGUGCUGACCUGUCCGGAGAAAGUGAGGCGGGCGACGUCGAGACGGACGAGCAAUUGUUGUGGUCACUCGAUAUUUUGCAGCGGGUUCACCGUCGCUUCUACGAAUCGGAUGGCAGCUUCCUUGGUGCUCUUACCCAGACGGUCCCCGAUAUCGUCAAGCAAUUGCGAGCGGAAACACUGCAUGGCGCGCAUCUGGUAUUUUCGGGAAUGGUUCCGUUACACCGACAGCAACAGCAACUAGAGUCCGGCGACAAAGUAGUUCCCCGACCGACCGUGAUUCGCUAUGCCGAAACGCUCGGGGCCAAGGUAUGGUCCAAAGUUACACCUGUGCUCACCCACGUCGUGGCGGCGAAAGAUGGAACUGACAAAAUUUUGGCAGCGCGAAAGCUUCCGGGAUGCAGGAUUGUCAAGCCAGGGUGGUUGAUGGAGUGCGUGUGGAGUUUGACGAGGCGAGACGAAGGCCGGUAUUUGCUGGGUGAUGCAUCUCCGCGAUUCUCGGAACUCCGCACACCACUGUCCGAGUAUUCGACCGCUAAGGAAAAUUCGUCUAGUGAACUUGACGAUGAUUCGGAAGAUGACGACUUGGCCGCCCAAUUUGAAAGCGAAUUAAUGGAAGAAGAGGAAUACGUAUAA